UUCAUACAUGCGCAGUGCUGCCCAUUAUAGCUAGUUAUCUGAUUUUGCUCGAUCCUAUCUGCAUAACUUAUCGUUCUUUUCAUUAGAAAUCCAGCGAUGGCGAUACCUAAGCAAGUGGGAGUGAUUAUUGAUUCAAUGAGAUUCCAGGUAUUUGAAUUAAGCCUUAUUUUCAUAUCCCUGGUUCUCUUCUCAACAUGGUUAUUAAUAUCCGGAUGGACAGAAGAAGGAAUUUUUCCAUUCGUCUGGCAUGAGUGUAGUUGUGAAAUCAGAGUUUUUGUCAUCGCUUUAGUUCUUGUAUUCAUAGGAACGGCAAUAUUUGAACGCUAUCAGAAUAGCACUGUGAGAGAAGACAAUGCAGAACAAUCGGCAGAUCUUCCUGGAAUUCAUGGGGAAAAACAACAGCAAAGCAAAAAAUGGCGCUCCUUCCUAUGCAUCGGCUCUUCACCCGACUGCCUAGAUGAACCAGAGACAGAAGCUGUGAGUGUGGAUGACUUCAAAACAGAAAAAAACAAUUCACACGAGAAAAGGAAUUGAGAAAAUCAUUGUUCAGUCUGAACUAUCCCACGGUUUCGAUGAUUUCCAAGGUGGCUAAGAAUUUUGAAAUCUUAGAGAUUGUUUUGAUCUUGUGUAAAAAUAUUUUAAGCCGAAUCUGUAUUUAAAAAUAUACAAGUAUGAGUAACUUAUUGGAUUAAUGUAAUUCAAUUUUUACCUUUUAAAAAUCAUCCAGCACAAAUAAUUUUAACUGCUUUAUUUAAUGUGAAAGAAAGUUAUUUGUAUUAAAGUUGUUUGUUCAAAUCAUUUUA